AUGGGUGCAAAGACUGAGACCAUCCUUGGGUCUCUUACCUUGGAGGAAAAGAUCUCACUACUCGCUGGAAAGGACUUUUGGGAAACAGUCCCUAUCCCAGACAAAGGCGUACCGGCUAUCAAGACCAGUGAUGGACCCAAUGGCGCACGAGGCGAAGUCUUCGCCGGAGGAACACGAGCAGCAUGCUUUCCAGCUGCGGUUUGUUCAGCUGCCACAUGGAACCCAGAGUAUGCCCACCGAAUAGGCAAUGCGUUAGCGGAAGAGACGAAGACGAAGAGCGCACGAGUUAUACUCGCGCCGACCAUGUGCAAUCACAGACAUCCUCUCGGUGGCCGCAACUUCGAAAGCUUCUCAGAAGACCCCUACCUGACGGGCAAGAUGGCUGCCAAUGCCGUCAAUGGCAUUCAGGAGAAAGGCAUCGCGGCUACGAUCAAGCACUUUGCGGCCAAUGAGCAGGAGACCGAGCGUCUGUCUGUGGACGAGGUCAUCUCCGAGCGUGUACUAAGGGAGAUCUACCUUAAGCCUUUCGAGAUCACAGUCAAGGAAGCUAACCCGUGGGCUGUCAUGACUGCUUACAACAAGGUCAACGGAACACACGCAGACUCCAACACAUUCCUUCUGAAGCAAGUGUUGCGCGGCGAAUGGGGCUGGGACGGUCUUGUCAUGAGUGACUGGGGAGGCACAAACUCCACAGCUGAUUCUCUGAACGCCGGACUGGACCUCGAGAUGCCCGGUCCCACAAGAUGGCGGACGAAGGAGGCUGUCGUAAAGGCUAUCAAGGAUGGCGAAGUAUCCGAGCAGACAAUCGCUGACCGCGCCCGCGAAGUUUUGAAGCUUAUUGAGAAGGUUGGAGGAUUCGAUAACCCCGAGAUACCUCCUGAGCAGUCGAUCGUCAACCCAGCGCACAGCAAGCUGAUUCGAGACGUUGCGGGUCAGGGUAUCACACUCCUAAAGAAUGACGGCGCGAUCCUCCCUUUGAAGAAAGAGAAGGUCAAGGGCAAGAAGAUCGGACUGUUUGGACUGGCCAAGGAGGCAUUGAUCCAUGGUGGUGGAAGUGCCAGUCUCAAUGCCCACUACCGUAUCACACCCGAGGAAGGCCUUGAGAACACGUACGGCGAUGACGUCGAAUUCAAGUUCGCGAAGGGUGCUCAGACCUACCGGCUACUGCCACCUCUUGCGAAGCACUGCAAAGACGCUGGAGGAAACCACGGCUGGAGAAUGGAACUAUUCAAGGACGGUGACUCGUCCAAACCCUGGAAGACCGUUGAUGCCUUCAAAGAGUCUUCGUUCAGUCCUAUUCUCGAUCACGAAGCAGUUGGUAAGGAAGUCAGGCUUACCACAACCUUCGUCCCAUCUGCAACAGGCAAACACUACCUCGGCUGCUCCGGCAUCGGUCCCACUACUGUCACUAUCAACGACAAGGUAGUGUUCGAGCAGAAAGGAAACUCUCCAGACCCGAUGGGCUUUCUUCUCGGCGGCAACCCAGAGGAAGAGUUCACCGUUCCUUUCAAAGAGGGCGAAACAUACAAGAUCCAGAUCCACACGCUACCACCCACUGGUGGCUCUGAACAGGGCAUUCUAGCCGGUCUUCCUGGGUUCAGGAUGGGCUUCAUGCUGGAAGAGGAGCAUGAUCUCGAUCUGCUCACACAGGCGAAGGAGCUUGCAAAGGAGGUCGACAUUGCUAUCGUGUUCACAGGGCACACUCCAGCUUGGGAGACUGAAGGUCAGGACCAACAGAGCUUCAACCUGCCUCGCAAUGGAUCUCAAGACGCUCUUGUCGAUGCAGUGGCAUCUCUGAACCGCAACACUAUCGUGGUGAACUCGACCGGUGUAGCCGUCGCAAUGCCAUGGUUGGACAAAAUUGCUGCACUUGUCCAAGCUUGGUUCCCCGGUCAAGAAGCCGGUAAUGCAAUUGCUGACAUCAUUUCUGGCGCUGUCAACCCAUCCGGAAGGCUGCCUGUCUCGUUCCCCAAGCGCCUCGAAGAUGCACCUGCUCAUGGCAACUUCCCUGGUGAGAAGAAGGGCGAUCAGCUUACUGUCAAGUACGAGGAGGGUGUCUUUGUCGGAUACCGUCACUACGAUCGUGUGUCUAAGGAGAAAGUUCAGUUCCCCUUCGGCUUCGGCUUGUCGUACACCACUUUCGCCCUCAACAACGGAAAGGUUGAGCAGACGUCUGCAGAGGCCUUUAAGGCUACUGUAUCGGUCAAGAAUACCGGUAGCGUUGCAGGCGCCACCGUCGUCCAACUUUAUGUCGGUAGGAAGCAGCAAUCCCCUGAACACCCCGUCAAGACGCUGGCGGCGUUCAGGAAGGUGCAUCUGGAAGCUGGCGAGGAGAAGAAGGUUGAUCUGUCGCUUACGCUCCGAGACUUUGCGUACUUUGAUGAGGCGUCGAAGUGUUGGAAGGUUGAUCGCGGCCAGUAUGACUUCUCAUUUGGUCAGUCGACUGCGCAGAUUGAGAGUGUGUCUACCGUAAACAUCGAGGGCAGUCGUGAGUUGAAGUUGUAG